AUGGAAGAGGUAAUGUCAAUGAUCUUCCACGGAUUCAAACUAGUUAAGGAGCUUGAGUCCAGCUUACCGGAAAAGGCACCGGAAUCUUUAUCAGUCUCCCUCGACGAGAUCGCGAAAACAUUCGGUGAUGCAAACGAGCGGCUGAAGAUAGUCCAUGGGAUCAAGAACUCCGAGACCCUAUUGAACCAAUCUAAACCGGUGAUGAUUGCGUCCGGUUCAGAUCAGAUGUUAAUGCAGAUUGAACCGGAUAUGAUGCAGGAGUAUUGGUCAAGGUGUGGUGGUUUCGCAUCAUCUCAGGGAACCGAAGCCAAGAUUCAAAGACAGUUCAUGGCUGUUGAUGGUGGCGGUGGAAGGAAUUUGACGGUUGCGGAAGGAUCCUCCGGCGCCGGUAGCGGUUCCUCCACGCCUAUGAAGGGGAGAAGGAAGGAUGACGGAGAAGAGAAAACGGUGUUUUUGGUGGCGGCGUUAAGGACGGGAAACACAGAUCUUCCACCGGACGAUAACCAUACUUGGCGUAAAUACGGCCAAAAGGAAAUUCUUGGUUCUAGGUUUCCUAGGGCCUACUAUAGGUGCACCCACCAAAAGUUAUACAAUUGUCCAGCCAAGAAACAAGUCCAACGCCUCAACGACGAUCCUUUCACCUUCAGAGUUACUUACCGUGGCUCACACACUUGCCACAUCUACUCAACCGCUCCUACCGCUUCUGCGGCCGCCCCAACCGUUCCAAUCUCAUAUGCGGCCGCCACCACGGGCCAUUCCGUUGAUUACGGUCCCGCCCUCUUAGACAUGGCCGACACUAUGUUUGGUAGUGGCGGGAUCGGAGCAAACAUGGAUUUCAUAUUCCCUUGUAAUGAUCCAUCUCAGGAUCACCACUGUUCCCGGCGGCCGGACGACGGCGAGGGAGACCAAUAG